AUGGAGGGCAGAGAACCUCCCCCGCGACAAUCCGGCAUCCGAGCGUUCAUGGCAGCCGCUCCAAAGGCUGAGCUGCACGUCCACCUGGAAGGCUGCCUGUACCCAGAAUUAAUCCAUCGGCUUUCCAUACGGAAUGAAGUACAUGUAGACCUGGACAAUGGAGAAACUUCCGCUGGACAUGACAAGGCCCUGGAGAUGUUUUUCGACCGAUAUUUCAAAGGCAUGCAGGUUUUGAUCACGGAGCACGACUUCUACGAGGUCGUGCGUGAUUACGUAGACAAGGUCGCAGAGCAGAACGUCAUGCAUGUUGAAAUGUUCUUCGACCCUCAGGCGCAUCUCGAGAGAGGAAUCGAAUUCAAAACCAUCAUCGCCGGUGUUCAAAGGGCAGCGAGUUAUGCACGCACAGCACACGACAUGAGCUUCUCACUAAUCAUGUGCUUCCUCCGCGAGAAGUCGGUGGAAUCCGCUAUGCGUGUCCUCCAAGACGCUGCACCAUUUAGAAAUAUCAUCACGGGAGUUGGUCUGGACGGGGAUCCGACACAAAGCCUGCCACGGCAAUUCAAAGACGUAUUCCAGAAGGCAAGAGAGAUGGGCUUUAACACUACUGCGCACUGCGAUAUAAUGCCUUCCGAUGGCAUCGAGCAGAUACGGCAAUCGGUAGAAGAUUUGAAGGUAGAUCGGCUCGACCAUGCAUCGUGCAUUUUCGAUGACGAGUCUUUGACGGUCCUGGUCAGAGACAAGGAACUUGGGAUAACAUGUUGCCCGAGGACGAACGUCUUGCUGCAUCAGGAUACUGGAGCAGGCACAAUACGUCUUAUGCUGGCGAAAGGCUUGAAAUGCAGCGUUCACUCAGACGAUCCAGGACAUUUUGAAGCAUAUAUCAAUGACAAUCUGCAGGCACUGUCAGAUGAGGGGCUCGAGCUCGAGGACAUGGAUCGAUUAGUCCGCAACUCUAUCGAAUCUUCCUGGGCAUCUUCAGAACGCAAACGUGCAAUGUUACAUGCUCUCGACUCAUGUAAGCUACAGGACGUGGUGCGAAGAUCUUGA